AUGCGACUCGAUGAGCGGUACGUUUCGUACUUACAGAUGGCUGGAUUAUACCAUCUAGCAAGACUGAACGAUAGAUGGUUCCGAUUAGAUGAGCCCCUUGUCAGUGCCUUCAUCGAGCGAUGGCGUCCGGAGACGCACACAUUCUACAUGCCGUUCGGAAAGUGCACGAUCACACUUCAGGACGUGGCCUACCAGUUGGGGUUGCUAGUGGAUGGACGUUAUGUCAGUGGUUGCCUAACAGAUUUCCAGAUAUACAUUCAUGGUGGCCGUCUGGCUUGGGUGUGGUUCCAGGAGUUGCUUGGUGUGAUACCUCCUGCGAACCAAAUUCAGAAGUUCGCAGUGAACUGCACCUGGUUCCAGGAGACUUUUGGAGAGUGCCCCGCGGGAGUCGAUGAGGAGACAGUGAGGCGCUUUGCUCGUGCCUAUAUCAUGAUGUUGUUGGGCACCCAGUUGUUUGCCGACAAGUCCGGCAAUCGUAUUCACAUCAGAUGGCUACCUUACGUGGCUAGGCUUAAGGAGAUGGGUGGAUACAGCUGGGGGUCGGCGGCAAUAACAUGGUUAUACAGGUGCAUGUGCCGAGUGGCCAACAGGCAUGUGGUAAAGUUAGCAAGCCCGUUACGGUUGCUUCAGUCCUGGAUUUUCUGGCGCUUUCCUGGAUUUAGGUCUGCUGGUUAUGAUGAGUUCAGCUGGCCCUUGGCCUCGAGGUGGUCUGGUCACAAUCAUUUCGGUAGCGAGAAGGGACCUUGA